AUGCUCUCGGUCGCGAAACGAUUCCCGCUUCGGCCCCUGACGACGCCGUUUCUCCUCGAGCAGCUUCGGUAUGCCAGAACACGGCCAAAGUCGCCGCCGGUGGCGUUGAGGAAGACGGAGGAGCGGUCGGAGUGGUGGGCGGUGGACGGCGAAAUGCACGAGAUCGGCGACCACGUGCCGCCACGUGAGCGCUUCGUGAUCCCCCGAGAAAACAUCCCCAACAAGCGCCGCAAGCAGCUCAGAGAACAAUUCAUGCGCCGAACACGCCUCGUUCUUAAGGAAUCCGAGCAUGAUCCUUGGUGCAAAAGGUAUAUUGAGCUGUAUAAUGAACUUAGAGAAAACUGGGAGAGGCUUUAUUGGGAUGAAGGUUACUCUAAAAAGCUUGCUCAGGAUCAUGCAAACUAUGAGUCUGCUGAAGACGAUGAUAGGGAUUUCUCCCCAUACAGGAGUAGAAGAUCUCAGCCUCAAAUGGAGCAUAGUAAGGACCAGAAUUUUGGGAGAAACAGGCAACCUGAUAACUUGGAGAAAGUUAGUCUUCUUCGGGAUAAAUUUGAGUAUGACAGAGAGAGAAGAAUGCGAGAGAAAGCCUUUAUUCAUUUGCACCCAUGCAUGAAGGAUCUGCGUCUGACUCUCAUGAUUAUAGCGGUUGGAACCAACCGCUCAAUACCGAUCGAUAUUUCAGCCAAACAGAGAGGCAUUGAGAAGAGAAUAAACUAA